AUGCCCCAAAAAUUUGAACCAGAUGAACCCACGCCUUCUCCCACCUCGUUGCACACGGACGACGCACACCAAAUAGCUCUCGAUGCCGGCCUUCUUGUUGCAGACACAGUUGAGGAGGACGCCCACAUCGGUGUCAAGAAAGUAGAGGCCGCAAACAGGGUCUACGGCCCCUACGCACGAUGGUUUUUGUUUAUUGGACUUAGUCUUGCGUCCUAUAUAUACUCGCUUGAUGCAUCUACGACUUCGGUAUAUCUCACAUUCGCCACCUCGAGCUUCGGAGAGCACAGCCUCAUCAGCUCAAUUCAGGUCGCUCAGUCCCUCAUCAUCGCUGUUGGUAAACCCGUCAUCGCAAAGGUUGCAGACGUCUCUUCACGUGGAUCUGCUUACGUUGGAGUCCUUUGUUUCUAUGUAGUCGGCUACACGGUGAUUGCAACUGCUCCAAAUGUCGGCACAAUAGCGGGUGGCAUCAUCAUCUAUGCUGUGUAUGUCUUUCUUGGUCUACAACUUCUUACUCAGAUUAUAAUCGCAGAUAUCACUACACUUGCCUGGCGUGGCCUUGUUGCGUCCCUCGUUUCUGCACCUUUCCUCCUCAAUGCAUUUGUUGGGUCGAACAUAUCCGCAGCAGUCAUCGAAACGAUAGGUUGGAGGUGGGGAUAUGGGAUGUUUGCACUAUUGGUUCCCGCCGCCCUUUCUCCACUUAUAAUUACGCUUCUCUGGGCAGAAAAUAAAGCCAAGAAGCUUGGCAUCGUCGAUGCUCUUAUUUCGGAUUCCCACAAUCGCUCACGAUCUCGAAGCCCUGCUCGACCACUUACCCGCACCCGUCGCAUCCUUCAAGUCGCCGAACAGCUCGAUGCCGUUGGUCUUGCACUACUUGGAGCUUCCAUCUCACUCAUCCUCCUCCCCCUGACGCUCAGUCAAUCUGUGCAUGGUAGUUGGAAGAACGGAUCCAUCAUCGCGAUGCUCACCGUGGGCUGCGGCUUGCUGAUUGCCUUUGCCGUGUGGGAUUUGCGUUAUGCCAGCAGACCUGUUAUUGCUCCACGCUUCGUCCGUAACAGGAGUGUUGUUUUUGCAUCCUUUAUCGGGUUUUUCGACUUUAUGUCAUACUAUCUGACGUUUGUCUACCUCUAUUCGUUUGUCCUCGUUGUGAAGCCAUGGUCCCUCGUCAACGCCACAUAUUUUAUGCAGGCACAGACCGUUGCACUCACGCUGUUUGGCAUUAUCGCUGGACUUAGCAUGAGAUUCCUCCACCGAUACAAGUAUGUAUUGAUAUUCGGUCUUUUCGUUCGCCUUGCCGGGGUAGGAAUGAUGCUACAUUCUCGCGGCGCCAAUGGAUCGGAUGCAGAACUGGUGUGGACACAAAUAUUACAAGGUAUGGGUGGUGGACUGGCCGCCGUGUCUGCACAGGUCGGUGCACAAGCUGCAGUCCCACACGCGGAUGUGGCUAUGGUCACUGCGAUUGUACUUCUGUUGACGGAAAUUGGGGGUGCUGUUGGUAAUGGUAUUGCUGGUGCUAUAUGGGCGAACACAAUGCCAGCAAACCUCGAGAAAUACCUCCCAUUCCUGUCCGACGAUCAACGUGCAAAGUUAUUUGGAAGUAUCACUUCCGUAACUUCAACUCCGCGAGGUGAUCCAGUACGCGAGGGAGUCAUCUUAGCUUAUGAUGACACCAUGAAGAUCAUGGUGAUAGCAGCCACUAUCCUAAGCGUGGUCCCAAUUCUUCUCGCAUUUGCUAUGCCUAAUUGGUACCUUGGGGACGGUCAAAACGCUAUUGACGCCGCCAACCUCGUAGGACAUUCGUGCGAUGUCAACGGGGACAAUGACGAAGAUGCGCUUUCUGACGAUACGGGUCGAGAGGUAUAGAUGGUGAAGCCACUGGGACUCUCCACGGACGUUAGGUCCGGAAUGACGACAUAGAUGGCACGAGAUAGCACUUAGUUAGUGAAGUCCCUCGUUUUUGACGACUUCCACAACCCUAUGGCAAACUUCGUUCGACUUUGCUUUAGUAAUAAUCAGUAGUAAACCGGUAUGUACUUUCUGCGCUUUGUUGUUUGUCUUGACCACCUCGCUAUGUAUAAUCAAUCAACACUUGAAAUGCACAAUAUACAACUUGCACUCCGAACGAUGUAUAAGCGCUGUUUCCGCUGUGAUUUGUGUCUGUAACCUCACGAAAUGUGUAUAUCAAAUAGCCA